UGACGCGGGUGCUCUCCUUGUCGUUGGCGUACUCGACGCGCACGUAGCCGUACUGCACCUGGCCGUCCUCCAGCUUGUUGCCGACGUUGGAGGCGUACGAGAUGAGCAGCCAGUUGGUGUCGUCCUUAUCGUCGCGGACCGCGUCGUACGCGGCCGUGACCUCGGGUGCGUUCAGGCCAGACAUUGGGGGGGGCGAUGUCGGUGAGCGUGUGUGUGUGUGUCUGUCUGUCUGCUGGUAUCUCGGGGACGGCUCGGUGUCGACGGGCACGGGACAAGUAUCGUGAUGAUAGCCAGCAGAGUGCUGAGCGUGGCCCGUGGGGAAGGAAUCGGUCGCGGUUACUAUGUUGGGGGUUGUGAUGCGAGACUCGACGAGGAGCGCGGGUGUUGGUGCCGUGGUUCGCGGCGAUCGAUCGGUAUAUUGGCUCAGUUGGGGUCGAUUUGGCUAUCGCAGCUCCUCUCGAGUGUCGAGAUCGAAUCAAAUCCAGGCCAGCUUCGACUCGACGGGCAAUUAUUACGGGUCGGGGUCUGGUCUGAGCUUUGUAUCUCUCUGGACGACCGGGUUUGCUGGCGGUUUGGCUGUCUAAAACCUCGCUUCAGGGGGGAUCCGAGGGGGCGAGACCGCUCCCGCCAGCGUCAAUCAAUCCAACAACGGGCAAAGGGGGCUGACUUUGCCAAUUGUGCGUCUGGGCUGCGGGUCUCAUUGCUGCUCUGGGAAAAGAUCGCUUUUUCGGUGGCUUCAGACGGUCGGCUUGCCGCUUGUCAGAGCUGGCGAGUGGGUAAGUCUAAUCAUUAGACUUACCCACCCGCCGUAAUGAGGCGUCGUCGUCUGGCUGGCUGUUUUAUCCGUCUGUCUGUCUGUCUGUCACUCUCUGUCUGUCACUCUCUUCAUCAAUUACUGUACGCCGUACGUACU